UUUUUACUCUUCCAAGUACUCUAUCGAAGAGGAAAAAUGCCAUAUGCUUAAAAGGUAUAAGAGAGGCAAAGAUUUUUGGAAAGAUCAGUCGCAUUCAGAUAACCAGAGCAUACAAAAUCUUUUCUCGGUGAAGCUCAAUGAAGAGCCAAUUGAACAUUUUUAUAAGCUUGGCCAUGUCUUUGGUAGUGGUGAUGGCUUUAUUCUAAAAGAAGCAGCUAGCAUUGCUGAUCCAUCUUUCAGAGUUGCAGUCAAGGUUUAUAAAUUAAAUGGUCUAACCUCGAAGCUACUCCCAAUUGCAAGGGAGGUGUCUGCUCUUAGGAGCUUUGAUCACCCAAGUUUUCCCAAAAUUCAAGAAAUUUUUAAAAACCGGAAUAAGAUUUAUGUUAUUUGAGAUAUUUGGAAAGGAAAACGAUUAUACGAUUUAAUCUUUGAGAGCAAAAUAUCUGAGUCUGAUACCAAAAUUAUUAUCAAACAGCUUCUUAAAGCUAUUGCUUAUUGUCACUCAAAGAAUAUAAUGCAUAGAAAUUUGAGGCCUGAGAAUAUAAUGGUAGAACCAGAAACACUCCAACUUAAAGUUAUAAAUUUUGACUCAUCUAGUUAUUUUUCGACCAAGGGUGAUUUAAACACUUGCCUUGGAGAGCCAUAUUAUGUAGCUCCUGAGGUGCUUGGAGGUAAAUAUAAUAAGGAGUCAGAUGUUUGGAGUAUUGGAGUUCUUUGCUACUUAAUGCUAACAGGAUGUCCUCCCUUUCAAGAUGAGGACCACCAAAGGAUUUAUUAUAAGAUACUUAAGAAGCCCUUAAAAUUUUGAAGGAGCCAAUGGAUAUACCUCAGCCAAAACUCAGCUAAAUUUGUCCAGCAAUUGUGAGUCAAAGAUCCAGCAAAGAGGAUGAAAAUUGAGGAAGCCUUGGAUCAUGGUUGGUUGGUUGAUUCUACCAAUGAAAUUCCGAUAUUACCUCAAAAUAUUAUCGAUAAUUUCAAUCAAAAUGCUACUCUUUCGAUAUUUAGGAAGGAAGUUAUUUCAUUAUAUCUGAGCACUAUCGAUGCUAAAAUCCUUGCUCGAUGGAACAAACUCUAUGAUCAUGCUUACUGAAGUGCAACAGGCAAGGCUAAUCUCACAAAAUUCAUUCAAGCAUCUUCUUCUAUCAAAUAUUUCGACCAACUUUCAGACUGAACUCCUUCCCAAGACAACAGUGAGAGGAAAGAUCAAGCCGAAUACAUAUCCUACUCAAACUUCUUGGCAGCAAUGGUUGACUUCAAAGCUGACCUCCCAAAAUUUAGCCUUCAGUCUAUCCUAGUUCAUUUUGGCGUUGACAUAGACCAAGAAGUUGAUAUUCAGACUCUCGAGUGAUACCUCAAGAGGAAGGGACAUAAACAUUUUAAGAGAAAAGCAGCAGUCCUCUAUAAAGAUAUUUUAGGGGAACUCAGCAAUACGCCUUUAUGAAAUCAAGAGGUCAGGCUCGACUCUUCCGAAGCGAAGUCUUCGAAUCAGGAAUUUAUAGAGGAGAAGAAGGAAGGGUGACAUGAAGAUGGAGUUUUAAACUAAUCUGAAGAACAUAGCACUGUUUAAUGGCUUUAUUACGGAUAGUUAAUUUUAAUGAACGUUAAGAAUUGGGGUUUGUGGUUUAGGUUUGUAAAUUUUGUGGCUUAGGAGGUUCUGGAGGCAGCCAAAAGUUCUUUGAACUUUUGGCUGUUGUUCCUCAUUUGAUAGCAAUAGUUUGUCUUAGCGUUUUGUGGCUGCUGUCUUUUGUUUAUUUAAGUGAGGGUGCUUUCUUAGGGUUUCGAGGUUAUGAUUGCUAAUAAAGGUUGAUUUCUGUC